AUGACUUUCAAACGGUUCAUGAGCUUGACAGCAAUGGCGUUCCUCUGGACGGGUUCUCAGAUUCCGGUCUAUCUAUUCGGUGCUAUACCACCAUACAUCUACGGCGAUAUUGGUGGCGUUGAUAGAUGGAUCUGGUUUGUGCUCGGCAAUCUUCUGGCCCUGGCUGGCGUCUGCCCGUUUGUCGGAUCCCUCUCUGAUCUAGUCGGUCGUCGUUAUACUGCUCUACUCGGCGGUGUCUUGCUCUGCAUUGGGACUGUCGUUGCUACGACGGCGCACACUAUGAACACAUUCAUCGGUGGUACAACCAUUGCUGGAGCUGGCGCAGGCGUUUGUGAGCUUACGGCUCUUGCUGUAACGUCCGAACUUGCGCCCACCCGGAAGCGAGGCAAAUAUGUGUCGAUCCUGAUCUUCACCAUUAUCCCCUUCGUCCCGUCUGGUCUAUACGCCCAGCUAAUUGCUGCUCAUGCUGGCUGGCGCUAUUGUGGUAUCAUCAUCUGCACCUGGUGUGGAAUUGGCACCAUCUGCACCGCCAUUUUCUACUUUCCACCACCCAGACCAAACUCCAAGGGCAAGUCACGAAGCGAAGUCAUCAAGGAGAUCGAUUUUGUGGGUGGCUUCCUCUCUAUUGCCGGCAUGGUACUCUUCAUGGCUGGUAUGCAAUGGGGUGGCUAUCAAUAUCCUUGGGGAUCUGCCCACGUCCUUGCUCCGCUAAUACUUGGGGCUGCUAUGCUGGUUGCCUUUGGUUUAUGGGAAGCCUACGGUGCUAAAUAUCCCAUGUUCCCGUCGCGACUCAAGCAGGAUCCGCGCAUUCUAUCUUUGACCCUACUUAUCACCUUCAUCAGUGGAGCCAACUUUUUCGGUUUCCUGAUGUUUUGGCCAACGCAGUCAUUCAACGUCUACGGUCAUGAUCCCGUACAGGUUGGUCUUCGAGUCUUGCCUGGAGGUAUGGCCAUCUUGGUCGGCGCAUGCGUGGUGCUUUGGCUCUUGAGCGUGUUCCGCGGCCGCAACAAAGAGCUCAUGAUCAUCUCUUGCGUCUUGAUGACUUCAGGCACGGCUGCACUUGCAUGUGCUACUCGCGACAACAUGGACAAACUCUGGGGCCUCCUCAUCCUGGGUGGUCUCGGUAUUGGUGGUAUCGUUGUACCGGCCUCGAUCAUCACCACCAUCAUCUGUCCAGACGAUCUCAUCGCAACAGUGUCCGCUCUGACCCUCUCCAUCCGUGUGAUCGGUGGCAGCGUUGGCUACUGUAUCUACUACAACGUCUUCGUCUCCAAGUUCAAGAUUUACGCCCCGAAAUUGAUCGGUGGUACCAUGUUUCAGCUGGGAAUCACAAACAUCACAUACAUCACCGAGGCUGUCGAAUUGACUGGCGCCAGCUUGCUCGAAAACAUCAGGGAGAUCCCCGGUCUUGCAGGUAACGAAACUGCUUACAAUAUGGUGAUCCGUGCAGGUCAAGUGGCAUACGCUGAGAGCUACAAAUACGUCUACCUUGCUUCCAUCGCUGCUGGCAGCAUCAGUAUUAUCGCUGCGUGCUUCCUCGGCGACAUUAACAAGUACAUGGAUGACCAUGUGGCUGUCGUUAUUCAUUGA